AUCGUACCUCCAAAGUUUGAGUCAUGGGUGGUUCAAACACAAAAAUAACACAGGCCGCUACGCAGUUUCAAAAAGUAAAUAAGGUUGUGAAAGAAGGAGUCGAUGCCGUGCAAUUACAUGGGAUGCGUAAGAUCAAAAACCAAAGCCAACAAUACAAUGCUGAACAGAAAAUGGAUAAAUACAUGGAAAAGGAACUUGAAAACCCAAAACGAGCACCGAUGAAUUUAUCAAAAAUUGAAAUACCGGACGAUAUAAGAGCGCAAAAGUUGUCCGAAGCGAGGAGCUCUCAAGAAGAAGAUAAAUCGUAUCUCAAUAUGAUAAAAGACGUUUAUUUGACAUCUGAGGACCCUAAACAGGAACCGUAUAAAGUUGUUAACAGCAAGGAACGUAAAUUACCACAAUCUAAGACUCUUAAAACUGGAAAUUUGGAUAGCGAUGUACCACGCGGCCGCGCAAAAAUUCAAAAAAUUCUUGAAGCAAUGCAUAAUCAUAAAAUUGAUCCUAUUGGCUGGGGUCCAGCGGAAUUGGCAGAAAAAAUUAGAAUUCGGGAAUCUGACAUGAAAGAUAUUUUAGAUAAUUUUGAUUUAGUUCGUCCGUCCGAUUUGAUAUUAGAAGAAGAUCCCUCGAAGAAAUUGGAAUCAGGGGCAUAUGGGAAGUAUAUGUAGAUGUUUGAAACUUGAUCAGAACAAGUCUCCAGACUAGUAACUUAAAGACAGGCAUCUUCACACUUGCUACAGUUCGUACGACGUACUAUAUAGAUCGAGCGACAUUGUCUCGUUUCAAACCCAUUUUACUGAUGAUCAGAUACCCCUCCUUUGGGAGACGUCUGGACAUUGUUGUCCCUCAAUAACGGUAAUAAUACAGUAUAAUGGAGUUGCGCAAAAACUACAAAAAAAGCGCAAUCUAUUAACGUCAUCAUUGAAUUCCUCUGGGAAAAAAUAACCCGAUUUACCAAGGAAAAAAACUUACCUGUGGCAUUCGAGAGUUUUUAGAAAAAAACGGCAAGUCACGUGUCAUGUGACGGCUUCGAUUACUUUAGAUUAUCAUUGAGACAGGCAUGGCGCGAUAUGAAGCAUCUGACGUGGUGCCAGACACCCCUCAUUUGUGAGACGAAUGGAGUGUUUGUUUUAUUAUUGAGCCAAAUAAGAAGAAAUUCUUGGAAUUUGGAUAGUGUGCCGUACUGACAGUUCCUUGCAUUACAUGCAUACGGAUACCCCAGUGUGAAAACAUAAGUAUUCUAGUUAAGUUCACAAAUAACUCACUUGUGUUUCUGGCAUGUACUGUGAUGUAAUGCAUUAGGCAUCAUUUUAUGUGAUUUUCAAUUGUUUAUUUUUCCAGAUAUAAGUCUCAUUUACUUUUGUGUGUGUGUGUGUGUGUGACCUAGCUUUGAAUAAUUUUCCUUACUCAAUUUAUUUUCUUGGGGGGGCGACCGUCCCCCGCAAUAAUUUUGUCUAUAUCUAAACACAUGUUGUUUCUGACUUAUAAAAUAACCAUUAUUUUGAAGGCAGUUGCAACUUGCACCGGGCACAAAUAAAUAAUAGGAUUUCUGAUUAUGAUAACUGUUUUCUUACAAUUUCUCACAUGUUGUUUCACAGUUCUCACCAACAACCCCCCUCCCGUUCGGAAAAUAAUUAUGGAAGUGUCCUCCCCUGUUGGUCUGUACUAAACUUACAUUUUGUUUUACCUAUUUUUUAUAG